UCCUUUCUUCGUUUUUCCUGGACUGCCAAUCUGCAAUGCCCUCCUCCUCCUCCACACCAACCCACACUAAACACAUAUACUCGGCUUCCGCGCUCGUCGGCGUCGCCCCUCUUUCCAUUAACGAUUAGGGGUAGGAGCGGGCUUUACAGCAAGAGAUAUCCAACGAAUUACUCCAUCUCUUUCAGUUUCACUUCCCCCGCCCUUCCGAUCUCAAUCCAGAAUCAUUCAGCCUCACUGCCGCUAGUUCUGCAUUUGGCUCUCUCUCAGGUUGUGGAGUUCACAUUGCCAUUAUUCUUUGGUUGCAAUGGCUUCAGUUCAUCCUAUAGAAAUCAGUUCGAGUUCAACAGACAGUGACAGCGAUUCAGAUUUACGGGAGAUUGAUAAUUAUAAAGAUGAGUCUCCAGCUAGGGAUACGGCCUCUUCAUUGAAUUCCAGAAUCCUUCCAAGUUGGGGUUCUACAAGUAACUCUUAUUCGACGGGUUACAAAUGUUAUUUAUUAUUAAGACCCACGUUCUUCUUCUUCUUCCGCCUCCUCCUUUUUCUUGUCAAAGAUUUUAUUGAGAGUCUGAGACCCAAUAUUCGGUUGGUUUCUGCAGAUACUGUUAAACCUUCAGCUUUAAUGACCAAUGGAAAUGUUCACCAGAGAGCUGGUUCAAAUAAUUUUGGUAGAUAUGGCGCCACUCAUGAUUUUCACACUUCUCAUAAACCAAUGAAGGGCAUGAAUCCAGCAGCCCUCCCACAGUCUUCAUCUAACCAUAAAAUAUACAAUCUAGUGGAAGAUGUUGGUACAAGUGAAGUUAAUGAAACAGAUGGAAAAUCGUACCAAAUGGCAGCAUGGUCAAAUGCAUCUAACAAAAAGAACUCAAUGAGAGAGAACUUAAUCUGGGAGGCUGGGAAUAAUCUCUCUAUGAGCGAGAAAAAGGGAAAUAGGUUGUUACCCCCAUCUCUGAUGGCUGGACCGCAUCCUUCUGCAACCCCAUUCAUUAUUUCAAACGAUUCCUUUCUUCAUACUGGGAUAGGCGAAGAAGGGUCUGCAGGAGCUGAUGAGAGUUUUGUGUUUCAAGCAGCAGUGCAGGAUCUUCAUCAACCUAAAGUGGAAGCCUUUUUACCCAAUGGUCUCUUGUCCGUUUCACUUCUUAGGCAUCAGAAAAUUGCUUUGGCAUGGAUGCUUAAUAGGGAAUCAUCUGGUUUCUGUAUGGGGGGUAUUCUUGCUGAUGAUCAGGGUCUUGGUAAAACUGUGUCAAUGAUUGCCCUCAUACAGAUGCAGAUCAUUAAAGAGGCAAAGUCCAAACGUUUGUGCAAUAAUAGAACUGAAGCCCUAAACUUGGAAGAUGAUGAUGACCAAACCAAUGAUGGAAGUGGUGAUUGUGUUGCUCUUGAUGAUGCUAAUCAGAUUGAGAAUUCUGGUGAUUCUACAAUACGUUCACGUGCCAGUAAUUCACUAAAGAGGUUCCAUAGUAAAAGGCCCACAGCAGGCACACUGAUUGUUUGUCCAGCUAGCGUUAUUCGGCAGUGGGCUCGUGAGCUGGAUGAAAAAGUUACGGAUAAAGCUAGACUUGAUGUUCUAAUUUAUCAUGGUGGCAAUAGGACCAAAAAUCCUACUACAUUGGCAAAACAUAAUGUAGUUUUGACAACGUAUGCUAUUGUGACAAAUGAAGUUCCAAAACAACCUUUGGUUGAUGAGGAUGAUGAUGAACAAAGAGAUGGAGAGAGGCAUGAAUUUUCUUCAGCUUUAUCUUUGGAGAAGAAGCGUAAACGGUCAUCAGGUUAUAAGAAGUCCAAGAAGGGUAAGAAAGAAAAUGACAUGUCCGCCUUUGAUAGUAAUUAUGGUACAUUAGCAAUGGUGAAGUGGUCUAGAGUUGUUUUAGAUGAAUCUCAAACAAUAAAAAAUCACAGAACUCAAGUUGCUAGAGCCUGCUGUAGCCUCAGAGCAAAACGAAGAUGGUGUUUAUCUGGAACGCCAAUACAAAAUUCUGUGGAUGAAUUAUUUAGCUACUUCAGAUUUUUAAGAUAUGAUCCAUAUGAUAAAUACAAAGUAUUUGCCUCCUCCAUAAAGGGUCUGAUCUCCAAGGACUCUGUGAAAGGUUACAAGAAGCUUCAAGUUGUAUUAAGGAAUAUCAUGUUACGGCGUACAAAAGGGACAAUGAUUGAUGGUAAGCCUAUUAUCAGUCUGCCUCCUAAAAUAAUACAGUUGAGAAAGGUGGACUUUUCUUUAGAAGAACGAACUUUCUAUGAUAAACUUGAAGCCGAUUCACGUCAACAAUUCAAGGCUUAUGCUGCUGCUGGCACUGUAAAUCAAAAUUAUGCUAACAUUCUGUUGAUGCUUCUGCGACUUCGGCAAGCAUGUGAUCACCCUUUACUAGUCAAAGGUUUCAGCUCUGGUCCUGUCAGAAGCAAUUCCGAUGAGGUGGUUGGGAUGCUUCCCAAGGACAUGCUAGAUAAUUUAUGGAAUCAGUUGAAAAACUCAGUAUGCAAAAGAUGCAAUGAUACUCCUGAGGAGCCAACAGUUACUAUGUGUGGACAUGUGUUCUGUUAUCAGUGCCUCUCAGAGCGUUUGACAGGGGAAGAUAUUACAUGUCCUGCAAAUGACUGCAAACAACAACUUGGUGCUGAUCUUGUGUAUUCCAGAUCAACCUUAGCGAAAUUCUGUGGCUCUAGUGGCAGUGAUACCAGUGUUUUGUAUGAGCUGGAUAACGAAGCUAGAGUUCUACAGAGUGAAUACAUAUCCUCUAAAAUCAAAUGUGCUCUUGAAAUUCUCAAAUUACAUUGCAUAUCAAAAAAACACAAAGUGAAAUUGGGGGAUGUGGUCAGAUUUGAUGAGGAUGCUUCAUGUACUAGUGAUCUUGAGUUAAACUGCGAUAAUAGACAAUCUGAGAAGGCUAUUGUAUUUUCCCAGUGGACUUGCAUGUUGGAUUUGGUGGAGAUGUCUCUCAGGAAUUCCCAUAUCAGUUAUCGGAGGCUUGAUGGUACUAUGUCAAUAGCUGCCAGAGACAAAGCUGUCAAAGAUUUUAACUCUGAUCCUGAGGUUGAUGUCAUGUUAAUGUCUCUAAAAGCUGGAAAUCUGGGCCUGAAUAUGGUUGCUGCUUGCCGCAUAAUCCUUUUGGAUCUAUGGUGGAAUCCCACUACAGAAGAUCAGGCUAUUGAUCGGGCUCACAGAAUAGGGCAGACACGACCUGUUACUGUAUCAAGGUUAACCAUCAAAAACACUGUUGAAGAUCGCAUCUUGGCUCUUCAGGAAGAGAAGAGGAAAAUGGUUGCAUCAGCUUUUGGUGAAGAUCAAAGUGGUGGGCAUGCAACUCGGCUGACGGUUGAAGAUCUAAGAUUUUUGUUUGAAGGGUCCGGAACAUCAAGAUACUGAAGGAAAUUUUGGAGCACUGCUGUUAGUUUGUGCUAUUUUGUCUCCUCCAGCCAUGGGCAAUUUUAGUUUUGCCUUCGUGUUGAUGGAAUUUGUAUCAGAAUUGCUCUUGACAUAUUUAAUUAUAUGAUAUUAAAUGCAAAUAGAUAGAGAUUCUCAAGGUAGGACAGCCUAUGCACAGCUUGCUGGUGCUCCUCUAUUGUUUUGUAAUUUCAUGCUUUGAGCAGGCCAGGCUGAUGAUGGCAGACAUGAUUCGCUUGUAUCAUAUUCUUCUCCCACCCUGUUUAUAUUAUUGCAAGUCA